CAAAUCAGUCGUGAAUCGGUUAUUGCUGGGAAGAGGGUUCGGUCCGAAGGAAAGAUAGGAACAUGGAUCAAAUGAAAGAGCCAGAUUUCCUGGAAUGUCUCCAGAGAGUUGCCGCCAAGUUGAAGCGAAACGAGUGGAAGUUCCUCGCCGUCCGCCUCGGCCUAUCCAAGGCAGACGUCGACGACAUUGCCCGAGCGCACCCGGGCAACUAUUCCCGCCAAAAGACUGAGAUGUUGCUGCUAUGGAAACGGAACUAUAGGGAGUACGCGACGGCGGAUAGGCUCGUGCGCGCGCUCGGAGAAAUGGGUGGGAAGGGUGGUCAGAAAAGACAAGAAGACAAACCAGGUUCUGAAGUUCAACAAAGGCAAAUAACGCCAAGAGAAAACCAGUCAAGAAUGCGGGAUAGUUCUCAGAGUUUCUUGUCAUCAGCCGUGCAGAUACGGGGCCUGCCUCUUCCGAUACAAGAGAGACAAGUGUCGCCUAGAAAUCUGUGGCGAUCAGGCACCAUGUCGUUUCCUGGACGGUAUGCGUCCUCCCGUCAGAGUAAUGAGUCAAGAUGGAGGAGGGCAGUCUCAGCCACGCCCCCAAAACAAGGCAAAAUUACCAUUGAAGUUGAUAUACAGAAUAUCUCCGUUCCUCAAAAAAACCUUCCCUUACUGCGUAAAAAUCCUGAAAAGUCUGCUGUAAAAAAGAAAGUUCAGGUAGUUGAGCUUCCCCCAACCAUUGAGAAAAUCAGCAGUGUAACGGACGCAUCGACAGGGGCGGAACCUGUUCCAAAAGAUGCAAGAGGUGUUAAACAGCGUAGAGUAAGAUGUAGAUGCUCCAUUCAUCGAAGCAAAGACGAAACUGAUAGUGAUGAGGAAGAAGUCGAAACCAAAGACCCCUUUGACAAUCUCCUCAAGAGCCUCCAAGAUCCCUUCUUCCGACGACUCACGGGAGGCUCUGCAGAGCUCGACACAGCUGUCGACCAACUGGAAAAGAUGAAAGGCCUCUUUGUCGACGAAGCCAAACUCAAAUGCAUCUUGUUCACCUGCAGAAUCACAGAUAUUGACGGCUUGGAAAGAAUAUGGGAAGAAUACCAAAAUGGCGGCCUGGUAGCCAUGUUGCAGACUUCACUGGUGACGGACCAAUCACUGGCGUCCGUCGGCGCAUGCGGAAUCACGCUGGCGGUUCGAAUGUGCCAAAUCGAGUACCAAAGGUGCAAGGAUGUUGUAUUAGGCGAGUGUUGUAAAGAAAGAGGUGAUGAGCGGUACAAAGCCAAGGAACCUGACUAAUCUUGUUCUUAACACGCUGUUUCUAAAACUUGGCAGUAGCAAGAGAGACCCAGAAUCAAAUGCGUGUUUCGCCACACCAGCUACCGUAGGAAGGUCAAAUACUUGUCUUCAUUUGCAGCAGGGUCCUUCCAUUCACGCUUAAAACAGACAAGCAAACCAAGCAUUGAAAUGAGAAGCACUUUAUUAAUGAUUGGUGUGACUUUAUUCUCAUUCAGAAAGGACAAACAAAUUAUCUCAAUGAAUAACCGACCACAAGUACGUAUAUAAAUAAAUAGACACGCAUCUUUUAACAACAGAGAAAAAAAAUGGUUUCGUUUAAAGUUGACAUUCUAGACAGUGUUAAGGCACUACUAGGCAUACGAAUCGUCACAUGAUUGCAAUAUGAAAUGUAAAUAAGUGGUCACUGACAAUUUGUCCCAAACAUAAAGCAGACAUGAUAAAUACAAAUAUUGAUGACGUAAUGAAUACAAAGAGUUUUGUGUUAAGUAAAGUGCGUAUACAUGUGUAUGGUUUUCUCAAAUGUUACACAGCUUUAGCAAUUAAAUAAUUUCAAAGAAUAUGUUACACGAAGUGAGACUGAUCCAUUUUAUGCAUAUGCAAUUUCAAGGCACUUUUAAUAAACAAAGAACGAGACUAAAUGCGUUGACACUUGACUAUUUGCAUAAUAGGCUCAGUGUCACAUGGCAUGUCACUACACAAAGUGAUUAAAGGCCUAACUGGUGAAAACCAUCUUUGCGCACUUCGACAUUUUAAUGGAUCGAUCCGGUAAGCCCCGCCCACUGCUCACGUGAGGAUCAAUACAUGCGCGUCUAUUAAAACGCCACACUGCGUGUUCUAGACGCGCGCGUCGUAUGCAAGCGCACGCCUGUCGGACAUUAAUCAAGGCUGUGAUUGGUCAAAACAUCAUAGGGUGGGGCCUAGCGGAUCGGUCCAUCGCAGCAAGGAAGAGCACGCUUUCUGCCUACGGCUCUUCGCUGGUGACAGCUUAUACAUUGCACACUAAGUAGCGCACGGGAACCAGCGACAUAUAACCUACACGUUCACUUUGGCCUCUAAAGGAUCUGUAUGUAAUUUUCGCCGUAUCUAGUGCUCCUGA